GUGCUGGGGGAGUGCGAAGAUGGCGGCGUCGCGUCGCUCUCAGCAUCAUCACCACCAUCAUCAACAACAACUCCAGCCCGCCCCAGGGGCUCCGGCGCCGCCGCCGCCACCUCCCCCCCCACUCAGCCCCGGCCUGGCCCCGGGGACCACUCCAGCUUCCCCGACGGUGGGUGGCUUGGCCCCCUUCGCCUCCCCUCGGCACGGCCUAGCGCUGCCGGAGGGGGAUGGUAGUCGGGACCCACCGGACAGGCCCCGAUCCCCGGACCCGGCUGACAGUGCCAGCUGUUGCAGUGCCACUAGCCCCGUCUGUCCGGUGGCGCCCGUGCUCCCGACGGUCGCAGCUUCAUCCACCGUCGGGGUCGCUCCCAGCCCGGCCGGCGGGGGCAAUAACAAUUCCCCGUCGUCCUCUUCUUCCCCGACGUCUUCCUCCUCUUCCUCUCCAUCCUCGCCCGGAUCGAGCUUGGCGGAGAGUCCCGAGGCGGCGGCCGGAGCUAGCAGCGCCGCGACUCUGGGGCCUGGGGCCGCGGGCGCCGGGCCGGGGGUCCCCGCCGUGAGCGGGGCCCUGCGGGAACUGCUGGAAGCCUGCCGCAAUGGGGACGUGUCGCGGGUCAAGAGGCUGGUGGACGCCGCCAACGUGAACGCUAAGGACAUGGCCGGCCGGAAGUCUUCUCCCCUGCACUUCGCUGCAGGUUUUGGAAGAAAGGAUGUCGUAGAACACUUACUACAGAUGGGUGCUAAUGUCCAUGCUCGUGAUGAUGGAGGUCUUAUUCCACUUCAUAAUGCUUGUUCUUUUGGCCAUGCUGAGGUUGUGAGUCUGUUACUAUGCCAAGGAGCUGAUCCAAAUGCCAGAGAUAACUGGAACUAUACCCCUCUGCAUGAAGCUGCGAUUAAAGGGAAAAUUGACGUAUGCAUUGUGCUGCUGCAGCACGGAGCGGAUCCAAACAUUCGGAACACAGAUGGCAAAUCGGCCUUGGACCUGGCGGAUCCUUCAGCAAAAGCUGUCCUCACAGGUGAAUACAAGAAAGACGAACUCCUAGAAGCUGCUAGGAGUGGUAAUGAAGAAAAACUAAUGGCUUUACUGACUCCUCUAAAUGUGAAUUGCCAUGCAAGUGAUGGACGAAAGUCUACACCUUUACACCUAGCAGCAGGCUACAACCGGGUUCGGAUAGUGCAGCUUCUUCUUCAGCAUGGUGCUGAUGUUCAUGCAAAAGACAAAGGUGGUCUUGUGCCUCUUCAUAAUGCAUGCUCAUAUGGACAUUACGAGGUCACAGAACUACUACUAAAGCAUGGAGCUUGUGUUAACGCUAUGGAUCUCUGGCAGUUUACUCCACUCCAUGAGGCUGCUUCAAAGAAUCGUGUAGAAGUCUGCUCUCUCUUACUUAGCCACGGUGCUGACCCGACAUUAGUCAAUUGCCAUGGCAAAAGUGCUGUGGAUAUGGCUCCAACACCUGAGCUCCGGGAGAGGUUGACAUAUGAAUUUAAAGGUCAUUCUUUACUACAAGCAGCCAGAGAAGCAGACCUAGCCAAAGUCAAGAAAACACUUGCUUUGGAAAUCAUUAAUUUCAAACAACCACAGUCUCAUGAAACUGCACUGCACUGCGCUGUGGCCUCCUUACAUCCGAAACGAAAGCAAGUGACAGAAUUGCUACUUAGAAAAGGAGCAAAUGUUAAUGAAAAAAAUAAAGAUUUCAUGACUCCCCUGCAUGUUGCAGCAGAGAGAGCUCACAAUGAUGUCCUGGAAGUUCUGCAUAAACAUGGAGCAAAGAUGAAUGCACUGGACACCCUUGGUCAGACUGCUUUGCAUAGAGCAGCCCUUGCAGGUCACCUGCAGACCUGCCGCCUUCUCCUGAGCUACGGCUCGGAUCCCUCCAUCAUCUCUUUGCAAGGCUUUACAGCGGCACAGAUGGGAAAUGAAGCAGUACAGCAGAUUCUGAGUGAAAGUACACCUAUGCGCACUUCGGAUGUCGACUAUCGACUUUUAGAGGCUUCUAAAGCCGGAGACUUGGAAACUGUGAAGCAACUUUGCAGCCCCCAAAAUGUGAAUUGCAGAGAUUUAGAGGGUCGACACUCGACACCCUUGCACUUUGCAGCAGGCUACAAUCGAGUGUCUGUGGUGGAAUACCUCCUGCACCAUGGUGCCGAUGUCCAUGCCAAAGACAAAGGUGGCUUGGUGCCCCUUCAUAAUGCCUGUUCAUAUGGACACUAUGAGGUGGCUGAACUUCUAGUAAGGCACGGUGCUUCAGUCAAUGUGGCCGAUUUAUGGAAAUUUACCCCUCUGCACGAAGCAGCAGCUAAAGGAAAAUAUGAAAUCUGCAAGCUCCUUUUAAAACAUGGAGCUGAUCCAACAAAAAAGAACAGAGAUGGAAAUACACCACUAGAUCUGGUGAAAGAGGGAGACACAGAUAUUCAGGAUUUACUGAGAGGUGAUGCUGCCUUAUUGGAUGCAGCCAAGAAGGGCUGCCUGGCAAGAGUGCAGAAGCUCUGUACCCCAGAGAACAUCAACUGCAGAGACACCCAGGGCAGGAACUCCACCCCUCUGCACCUGGCUGCAGGUUAUAAUAACCUGGAAGUAGCUGAGUAUCUUCUCGAGCAUGGAGCAGAUGUUAAUGCCCAAGAUAAAGGUGGUUUAAUUCCUCUCCAUAACGCAGCCUCCUAUGGGCAUGUGGACAUAGCGGCCUUAUUGAUAAAAUACAAUACAUGUGUAAAUGCAACAGAUAAGUGGGCAUUUACUCCUCUUCACGAAGCAGCCCAGAAAGGAAGGACACAGUUAUGUGCCCUGCUCUUAGCACACGGUGCGGAUCCAACUAUGAAAAACCAAGAAGGUCAAACACCAUUGGACCUGGCAACUGCUGACGAUAUCAGGGCGUUGCUGAUAGACGCCAUGCCUCCCGAGGCCUUACCCACCUGCUUCAAACCUCAGGCCACCGUAGUGAGUGCCUCUAUGAUCUCCCCAGCGUCCACCCCCUCUUGCCUGUCCGCCGCCAGCAGCAUAGACAAUCUCACCGGCCCUCUAGCAGAGUUGGCGGUUGGGGGAGCAUCCAACACGGGGGACGGCGCAGCAGGCACAGAAAGGAAGGAAGGAGAAGUUGCGGGUCUUGACAUGAAUAUCAGCCAAUUCCUAAAAAGCCUUGGGCUUGAACACCUUCGGGACAUCUUUGAAACAGAACAGAUUACACUGGAUGUGUUGGCUGAUAUGGGUCACGAGGAGUUAAAAGAAAUAGGUAUCAAUGCAUAUGGACACCGCCACAAAUUAAUCAAAGGAGUGGAAAGACUCUUGGGUGGACAACAAGGCACAAAUCCUUAUUUGACUUUUCACUGUGUUAAUCAGGGGACUAUUUUGCUGGAUCUUGCUCCAGAGGAUAAGGAAUACCAGUCAGUAGAAGAAGAGAUGCAGAGUACAAUCCGAGAACAUAGAGAUGGAGGCAAUGCUGGUGGCAUCUUCAAUAGAUACAAUGUCAUUCGAAUUCAGAAAGUUGUCAACAAGAAGUUAAGGGAGCGAUUCUGUCACAGGCAAAAAGAAGUGUCUGAGGAGAACCACAACCACCACAAUGAGCGCAUGCUAUUCCAUGGUUCUCCUUUCAUCAAUGCCAUUAUUCAUAAAGGGUUUGAUGAGCGGCAUGCAUACAUAGGAGGCAUGUUUGGCGCUGGGAUUUAUUUUGCUGAAAAUUCAUCUAAAAGCAAUCAAUACGUUUAUGGGAUUGGAGGAGGAACGGGCUGCCCCACGCACAAAGAUCGAUCCUGUUACAUAUGUCACAGACAAAUGCUUUUCUGUAGAGUGACCCUGGGAAAAUCCUUUCUGCAAUUCAGCACCAUGAAAAUGGCCCAUGCCCCGCCUGGACAUCACUCUGUGAUUGGGAGGCCGAGUGUGAAUGGGCUGGCGUACGCGGAAUAUGUCAUCUAUAGAGGCGAACAGGCAUAUCCAGAAUAUCUCAUCACAUACCAGAUCAUGAAGCCAGAAGCUCCUUCACAAACUGCAGCAGCCGCUGAGCAGAAGACCUAGUGAAUGCCCACUGGUAAAGGCCAGAUCAGAUUUAAGCCUGGGACUGAACUACAGUGAAUUGUUUCCAACAAAAUCAAUGUUCCAUAAAUCCCCAACAGCCUAGAAAUAAGCUGUUCGUCUUUUAUAAAGCAUUGCUAUAGUGAUGGAUAUAGUAUGAGUAAUUGAUACAUACUCAAUUGCUACUGUUCCCUUUGAGGAAAUGUUUACAGGGGUGGCCUUUCAACAUAUCUCAGGCUCAUUUUCAUUGCAGUCAUCGGUUUCUAAAACAAGAUUGCUUUGAGCUAGACUUGGAAAUAGUAAAAAAGCAAACAUAACCAAUACUCCUACCAAACAUUCACAGUUCACACACUACAUUUACUUUGUUACAUAUGACACAUGUAAAUAACAAGUAUACACAUAUGACAGACUUACAUUUCAUUUUUCUAAACAUGCAGUUGCCUUUUUUCCCCAUCUUUGUGUGUGCACACCCAUGCAUGUAUGCAUGCACACAUGCUUACUUUGAAAAUGAGCCAGAGUCUUCUUGAGGAUAUUUUGCACAAAGUCAUGGUGACGAAAAUCAUUAGCAAUGCAGCCCAAGCUCAGCCCUGGCUGAGCAAGAUUUUGUUUCCACUUUUUCGUGAUUUAUUUUGUUAUUUGUAGUGUGUCAUCGACAUAAAUUGAGAUG